AUGGAGCUACCCGACUGCCCUCCGGGUGCAGAAGGAUACCAAGAUACGGUUACCGAAGUCCCGAAAAAACUUGAUGUUGAAGGCGGAACUAAGGCGGAGCAAGAGUUCUUGAAACACUUGAAUAGUUUGAAGAUCAAGAUCGAAGAUGGCUCGGUACGUUGUAUGGUGGACAGGCGCGGGCGCGAUAUUUCUGGCAACUGGAUCUACUUGUGCUAUCCUUGUGCCGCCCAGUGCAGCGGGGAGACAGUACUGCAGGUACAUAUUUCGGGAAAGAAGCACAAGACAAAGUUAUCGAUGAAGACUGUUUGGCCUCUGUCAAUUUUUGAAGAACAUCCGUUCAUUCUUAAUGAGAAAGGAGCUAACUCGAAAUUUGGAGCAACAUCGAAAGUACUCCAAAAGUUUAAGGAGGAAGUAAAUCUACACAACAGUUCUUUGGAGCAAAAAUACAAUCACUACAGAAAUACACGGUGCCACAUUCAAGAUACUUUAGAAGGAACGAAAGCACCAUUGCUGGGCAUCGAGUAUUUGAUUGAGCACCCCCCGGAUGAGCCACACCACGAGCCGAUGUACCUCUGCGUGUUGUGCUUCAAACAGGGACAUCCGCGCACCAUCGUCAACCACCUCACCUGCUUCUCUCAUCGGCGUCAUUAUUUCAGCAAGCAUUUCCCGAAGGCGAACUUGGCACUGACGCCUUACUAUUACCAAAAGGACACGCGCACCGGUCUCAUGAUGGUUAUGAACCGUUUAGCACAAUGCAUCGAGCACAAGUACGGGCGCAUGAUGCCUGUUAACUUCCAGAAGGACGAGUACGAACUCCACAAAGAGGAAAUUCAUAAAUGGAUAUAUCAGGGCAAACACUUUUCUGAAUCAGACGGAUGUACCUUCGAAGAGGUUGUGGAUGCUGACUUGAUCACUUCCAUCAAUGAUUCAGAAAUGAGGGAUCCAUCGCCACCGGUUGUAGCUGCACCUUUAAGACCAAAACCAAAGCCGACACCUGGCAACACUCGUGACUUUUCAACGGAAAUAUUGUCUGAUAUAAGCGAUGAAGAUGAUCGUCGCGAAUCCGCCAAGAACAGGAGCUGGUACUCUCAGAGACAUCGCUCUGGAAAUUUGGAUUACAAGAUAAAACUGGCCAAGGAGUUGCAGUCCGAGGCCGAGGAGGCAGCCAGGAAAAUGCUCGCGUACCACGAGAAGAACCCAGAGAAGCACCCCUUGUACCCAGAGGAGUGGAAGAAGUUCUGGAACAGGCGUUACAAGGAGUUGCAGACUGAGGGCAAAGAUCCGUCGAAGCACGAUUUCAAACCGGAAUGGAUAAAAUACUGGACGACGCGCAUGAAGGAGUUGCACGAUGAAGAACUCCGCGUCGCCGUGCACGAGAUUUACCGCAAAUUCACUUUGCCGCCGCCCACUCAUAUUGCGACCGCCCAAAGAUCUGAUAUGGACUCAAGACGCCGCUCUUAUGAAAAGAGACGAUCGAAAUCACCAACAUCCAGAUCCUCGCCCGACUACAAGUCCAAGAUGGGCAGGUUCCGUUCCCCCGACCGCAGACGAUCACACGAAAGAAGACGCUCACCUGAACGGAGACGAUCACCCGAAAGACGGCGGUCACCAGAUCGGAGGUUCUCUCCAUCACAUCGACCUAUGCGGCAUCGAUCGCCAGACACGCGGUUCAAGUUGGACCGCAGGCCCGGUUUCCAAAAAGGGGUUAGGAAUCGGCCAGAGUCACCUCCACGGCGGCGAUCGCCGUUGAGACGCUUAAGAACGCGUUCGCGUAGCCCCGCCAAGAGGUCCCGCAGUCCAGGGCAUGGCCCUAUGCGAAGCCGAGGCAGUCCCCUUGUCCAACGAGACCGACGCGCCAGCCCCGGGGCACGGAAUCCGAGCCCGGUUGCACCUUCAAUGCAAACAGUUCUCAUCUCGGACGAUGAGUUGAAAGCGGACGGGGCUUCCCCGUGGGACUCUGACGAAUCUCUGGGCUCCCUGCCCGAAGUACGUUCACCUGCUCCGCGUUCUCGCUCUCGCGCCGACAGUCGAACUUCGCGUGUCUCGCACGCAAAGCACAAUAAACAAGACUAUAAGGACUUGACCGGUUCAGCGGACAAUAUUGUCGCAACGCUACGAAUGUUGGUAGCACUUGAGGACCAUCUCGGUAGCAUGGGACCGAAGGUCGUCGAUCUGCUCGCAGAGGCUAUUCGCAUGGAGAAGGAGAAGCCAAAUUCGUCCGAGAUGCUCUUUGAACGUGAGACUGCAGUGGUCCUCAUUGAGACCGCAAAGGAAAAGCUGAAGGGGUCGCUACAGGCGGGGCUGGUGUCGGGCAGCGCAGCCGUGGCGAUUCGAUCCGCCGUCGUGCGCGCGGCAGCCACUCUUUACGAGGCAGACAGGCGCUCUAGGGCCAAGCAUAAGACAACGAACACGCUAAACAGCAAGCCCAAGAGCGCUGUCCCCGUGGCAGGAGUUGGUGAAGUGGAUCGGGAGGAGAUCGCGCAGCAGAUGGCCGCAGCGCUCAUAGCUCAAGGGAAGACGGACGUCUCUUCGGAAGAACUGGCGCAACUCGUCGAUGCAGUAGUUGGUAUGGCAGAGGCGAAAAAGAGGGAGGCUAUACUAAAAGAGCAAGCAAAAACAAUUGGAUCUCAAAGUAUUGCCAGCGCAGACAGGGAUUCAGCUGGCUCUGCGCUACAGCUAUUGCAGUCGGCCUACGAUGAUAAAAAAGCCGAAGAGAAAGAUGCAUUAAACUCUGCAUCAGAUGCGAUGGAUGGUCUCUCUGACUCCGAUCUAGAGACAUUGCUCAAGAACUUCAGUGAACUAUCAGCCGAGGAGCAGCACAGCUUGAUAGCAUACUUGAAAAAACUUGAGGCGCGCGAACCGGCUCGAGUUGAAAGACUUCGGCAGUAUGUAAACGCAGAUUCUGCAGAAAAUGCGCCAUUUACCCAACCAGCUAACCCGGCGUCUGCGCCUCCCUCCACUUCUGCGCAACCUGAUAGCCACGAUGUUAAGCCUGUUAUCAUAGAAAGUGAUGAUGAUGAUGAUUAUACUGUUGAAGAGGUCUUUAAAUCGGCGACACAAAAAGUAAAGGAGGACCAAAUGCGGCAAGAGUUGGAGAUAGUAAAGAAGUCUUUAGAGAAACAGUCGCCACCACCUGACGCCGAGAACUCUAAACUUCCAGAGCCCGCUUAUGAUUUUACCAAGAAUUUAUCUUCCGCAUCUGAGCUACUCGCUUUAGUGCAAGCGUCUAUACAAUCGCAAUCAAAUAUGUCGGCUCCCAUCACACAGUCUGCCAGCGUUACACCCACGACAGCUGCUGGGCAACCCAGAUUGUUCGGAGACACGUCAGAAGUUGAGCAGAGGAAGCCAAUUUUAGAAACACCAGCGCAUUAUGAAAUACCGUCUAUAUUAGGCAAUAACAAUUUCGAUCGGCCUUGGAAUGCAAAUCAGAGGAGUCAAGGACCCGAAGCAAUGUACCAUAAUCCACAGACUCAGCAGAAUUACAACAAUCCUCCCUUAGUGAACCAAGGCAAUUUUCAGCCGGGCCCGAAUAGAGUUAUGCAAUACGGCCAAGGCCCUGGAUAUCAAGAGAAUUAUAACAUGCAAGGGAAUUUCAACAAUACAAUGUAUCAGGUGCCACCUAAUGUCCCGUUUAAUCAAGUGCCGAGAGAGAAUUUUAUCAAUGGUGGUAUGACAGAUAUUCACAAUCGACAAAUUGUCCCCAUUCAACAGUUUGGGAACAGACCACAGUAUGGUAAUAAUUAUGAGCAGAAUAAUUUUAGGGGACGAGGCAGGGGCAGAGGGUUCGGGGGGCCAAGAGGCCGUGGGCGGGGUCAUUAUUAG